GCUUAUUAAAUAGGAGGGAAGAUGUCGCGGAAAGUAUGGGUCGGAGGAAUAUUGCGAGAUACGACUGGCGAAGAUCUCCGAGAGAAGUUUGAAGCACACGGGGGAGUUGAGGAGGUGAUUAUGAAGGGCAACUACGCAUUCGUAAUCAUGGACAGCGACGAAAGUGCCGCCAAGGCAAUCGCUGAACUGAACAACACUGACAUGGGAACUAGUCAGAAUGUGAAAGUAGAACCUCCUCAGGAACGAAAAGACAACAGACCCCCUAAUCAUUCACGAAAGCUAUGGGUGGGCAAGCUAGAAGAUGGAACGACUGAGGAAAACAUCCGAGAUGCAUUUUCCGUGUAUGGACCCCUGGAGGAGGUCAUCUUCCGAGAUGACUACGCCUUUGUCAUAUUCGAAGAAGAGGACCACGCCACGGCAGCCAUGACUGCGCUCCACGAAAGCAAGCUUGGGACUACUGAGUCGGUGAAGGUGGAGGCCCCUAGGGAGCGCAGGAGGAAUAGAGGUGGCUACUACGGCGGCGGAGGGUUCCGAGACAACAGGGGGUUCGGAGGUUACGGCGGCGGAUAUGACAGGGGUGGCUUCCGUGGCGGCAGAGGAGGCUACGGAGACGGCGGCUAUGGCGGAGGAUACGGCGGUGGAUAUGGAGGUGGCUACGGUGGAGGUGGAGGCGGAUUUCGAGGUCGAGGCGGCGGAGGUGGAUUCCGAGGCAACCGCGACGGAGGCUACGGAGGUCGCGAUGGAGGCUACGGAGGCCGAGACGGUGGAUAUGGCGGCCGCGAUGGAGGAUACGGGGGCGGAGGUCGCUAUGGAGGAAACGGAUUCCAGAGGUACUAGAACGGACCACUCAGUAGAACCGAAGACGUCGUCUAGUGUCCAAUGCGUUGGAAGAGCAAGACAGCGAUUAUUGACUGUACAGCACAUGAUAUUUAGCUUAUGUUCCUCUUUCUUGUGUGAUUGUUUUACUUGUGCUCUUCUAAUUCGACGAAACCUAGUUUCUACAGUCAAUUUAACGAUGUUCCUAUAUUGGUCAGAUAUUUGUAACUGUUUGAAUUGUUCUUGGAAACACAUCUUUGGAUCUACCGAUUAAGUUCGUUUCAUUUAUAGCAAAAGAUGAUGCAGUGAUGUUUGAUUUCUGAAUUUGAAUGCUUACUUGAA